AUGGCAAAGUUUUCUCUAGCAUCAGGAAUCCUCCUCCUUGUAGCCAUGGCGGCCAUCGCUAGUGCCACCACCACCACAACCAUCAACGCCUACAACUUUCAGCCUUCUUGCACUAUACCGAUGAUGCAACAGGAAAUGCUUAGCCAGUGCAGGACGUACCUCACAGGAAGCAGCAGCCAGCAGGGAUCACCACGUCGGGCAAUGAUGACCCCAUUAUCAGAAGGACAGUUUGACAUGUGUUGCAUGCAGCUGAAGAGCAUGGGCGAGGAAUGCAUGUGCGAGGGCAUCAAGAUGAUGAUGAAUCUACCAGGAUGGACCGGCCAACAGCAGAUGAGUUACGAUCAGAUGAUGACCAUGGCUCGCAACCUGCCUAUGCAAUGCGGUUUCAUGAGCCAGCAGUGCCAAAUGCGAGCCUUCUGGUUCUAA